AAUCAUUCAUAAUCAUUUGUCACUAUACACCCUGUACUGGAGAUUGGAGAACUCUGAAGCGAAGGAACCCUAGCCCUCCAUCUUCGCCGCCGUUCCCAGGUCGUCAGCGCCGCCGCCGUUCCCAGGUCGUCAGCGCCGCCAUUCCCAGGUCGUCGAACCCUAACCCAGUAACUCGGCAGGUACUCUUCAUCUUCGCUGGCUUCUCGGCACGGAACCCAGAAACCUUUAACUGCCGCGAGAGGCGAGAGCUCCCAUUGUGAGCAACCAUGGCACCAAACAAAACGAAGAAGAACAAGAAGGGUCGAUACGGCGUCGCGGAGAUAAAAACCCUAGGCAAUGAUCUCCUCUCUUCAGCUUCAAACAUCAACAACCUUCCUCUUCUUCUCAAUUUUGUUAACCCUUCUUCCCCACCACACCAUCUCCUUGAAUCCCUUCUCUCUCUCCACUCCUUCUUCCUCCCUCUCCUCCCCACUCUCCCUUCCUCCUCCUCACGUGCCGCCGACGCAAAAGGAUCCGAGCACCAGUCACACUUCAUCUACAAUGCCUGGCUAAGGUCAAAGUUCGAUGAGCUCGUCAAGUCUCUCCUGGAGGUUCUUGUUUCGCCGCGGCAACAGCAGGAGGAGCAGGAGGCUGUCAAGGAGGUCGUGCUUGACACACUAAUGGAGUUCGUUAAGGUUGCUAAUGGCGGCAGGUUCCAUUCUGCUAUAUACCAUAGGUUCCUCCAUAGCAUUGUCCAUUCUGAGAGUUCGGUUGAAUUUUUGGUGGAUUUACUAACAGCGAAGUAUUUCAAGUAUAUUGAUGUGUGUUAUUUUACAGUCAUUAGCCUGAAAAAGCUGGCAACAACUUUGGAGGGAAAAGAUCAAUCAGAGGAUAAAAGUGAAAAUGCAGAUGUUGCAGAUGCAAGUCAGUUGAGUUCAAGUACGGAGCGUGUCAUCCACAAUAUCUAUUACACAAUAUCACGUGUCGCUCCUUUUGAAAACUCAGAUAAUACAUCUGAUCUUGAAAUGUGGAGCAGAUCAGAAAAUGAACAUAAGCAGCCUUGUGGAGAUGUGAAUGCAGAUGAUAAGCAGGUGAAGCCUGGAAAGCAUGACAAUAGUGUACUCUCUGCAGCCAAAAUUGCUAAGAAAAUGAAGUUAAAAUUUACCCAAGCAUGGCUUUCAUUUCUCAGAUUGCCACUUCCACUUGAUGUGUACAAGGAGGUUCUUGUUAAUCUCCACCAAGUCGUUAUUCCACAUCUUUCAAAUCCUGUCAUGUUGUGUGAUUUCUUAACAAGAUCAUAUGACAUUGGUGGCGUUGUCAGUGUGAUGGCUCUUAGCAGCCUGUUUAUACUCAUCUUCUGGAUUCUUGCCUCAAGUCACCACUUCUUCCAGCUUACCUGGCUGCAUCAUUUGCUAAGAAAAUGAGUAGGUUAUUGCUUUCAAUUCCUCCCUCAGGAGCAUUGGUCAUUACAGCUCUUAUCCACAAUAUUUUGCGUAGACAUCCAUCAAUUAAUUGUUUGGUGCACCGGGAAGAUCAAGUUGAUGAAGGAAAAGGGGAUAAGGCAACAGAUGAAGCAACUGCUGCAAACUCGGACGAUGCAAAGGUCAGUGCCAGCCAAAAGUUAGGCAUUGACCAUUUCAACUACGGAGAACCUAACCCUAAGAAGUCAAAUGCUAUGAGAAGUUCUCUUUGGGAAGUUGAUACUAUUCUUCAGCACUACUGUCCUCCUGUUUCACGGUUUGCUUUGUCUCUUGAGAAUGAUUUGACAGUCAGGGCCAAAACAAGUGAGGUUAACGUUGGUGAUUUUAGUUCUGGUUCAUAUGCAACAAUAAUUGGAGCAGAGAUGUCGCGGAGGGUAAAGCAGGUUCCUCUUGCAUUCUACAAAUCAACUCCUUCCACUUUGUUUUCAGACGCCGAUUUUGCUGGUUGGACUUUUGAUUUCAAAGACACCUCCGAAAUAAUGCACGGUAGUGAUGAGAAUGCUGAUAAAGAUGAUCAAAACUCUGGGAAACGGCAACGAGUAGUGUGACCAGUAUUCAUGUUUAUCAACCACCAAGAGUAUCUACUGCUUGUGUUCUGUGAAGAUGUGCUACCAUACCUUCCUAUAUUUUGUUAAGCAAAGGAGGAAAAAUGGACCCUUAAGGAAUUUGGAGGGAGUGUUACAUGCUCAUUCAUACUAACAAAAAAAGCGUGACUAAAUAUGUGAUACUCAUCUCCAUUAAUUUUUGUAGCUUAAGGUUGGGGGAUUCGCUUAGCCUGUUCUUUAUAUAUUUUUAGUAAAUUGAAAUUCAGUGUGAAAAUUUUCAUGUAUCUACAAAGCAGCAUAAGCACCAUCAGUUUAGCAAUUAGCAUUGUUUCUGUUUUUAUGUAUUUGCCUUGGUUUUACAUUGUUCGGAUCAAGUUGAAUCACUCGGAACCUUAAACAUUAAGGGUUGCAGCUAAUUAAUUUUAGUUGCAUAAUAGAAACAAAUCCCAUAAUGUUUCGCUCAACUUCCCUUACAGAAUGUAUAUGUGGUGGAAGAGGGAGCUUAAUUAGUUAUGUAAUGUUUAGGUUUUGGAUGUGCGGUUGUUGUUAUUGACUCUGGAUGUAAUUUAUAUAGAGCACUAAGUAUAAGACGGUGUUAAAUA